GUGUCUAGUGGCCAUAGCAUUACAGCCCCCGGAAGUGAAUUCCGGAGUUGAUUGCUAGGACUAUGAUUUUUCAGAUGGGUAAGAAUGGGUGCAAUGUGAGGCCCUACCGUCCUGGGUAAGUGCAGAUGCAGAUGCAACACGGGACGUCAAGCCUGGCUGACUGGAGUUGAGAUCGUUCUGACUGUAAAGGGUGUUUGAAUUGCUAGUGAAUAAAUUGUCGAUGCUUGGAAACUUGCCUCCUUUCUGUCGCCUCCAAGGUCAAAAUGAUUCAAGAGGCAAGAAACGGAUUCCCGGCAGACAUAAAUACCCCCUCUCCCUUCAGCAUCUCCUCUCAGUUUUCCGAUAAUUUUCCCUGAUUUUGCUUCGACUUCGAAGGAGAAAUAAACCGGGCUAUCUUGUCUGUUUGGUUUUUUAUAGUAGCCAUUACAUCACCUUGGAUCUGAAGCCAUGCCUAGCCUUACAGUGGCUUCAGUCCUUGCCCCUCUUGCCUUAUUCCAUCUCUCAGCUCUUGCCUGCGAGCUCGUUCCAGAUGUCAACUUUACAUUUUUUGGAUUCCCCGACAAUCAUCCCCCCGGUGCAGGCAUCGCUUUCGACUGCGGACGUGGGCACAUCGCCGGUGGCUUGGGCACGUUCGAGGACCCCGUGACCUUUGCCUCGGCCGUGAACGAGUUCAAUUCCUGCGAAGUCAUCUAUGCCCCAUCCCUGCACAAGUACCUUCGUUUUGAGGACGUCUGUGAACAGUGCACCAUCGACUGGGCGAAUGGGGUUCGACACAUUGACAUCUGGACGGGUAAUAAUUCCUUUGACGGCGGGGAUAUCCAGAUCGCCUGCGAGAACAAUCUCACCACGACGGGCCAGUUUAUCGUCCGGGGCCCGCCUGCAAGCCUGCCUCUAGACACCACGCCCCUAUUCGAUUCGAACUCGUUGGCCUGUGCAGCGAACCACACAUUCCUGAACGAAGAAGUCUCCUCCAUUUGUCCUGCAACAGUAGCAGCGGCGCCGGCAGCAGCAGUAGCAGCAACACCAGCCAACUCCCCAGCUCCAAGCUUCCCGGCUAUAAGACCCGCCGCGAUCCCCAGUUCUGCGCCUGCUGCUCCGGCAGUAUCCGUACCCUCUGCGGUCGCUGUUCCCGCUGCGGUGGUAGCUGCCGCGGCGCAAUUAGCUAGCCCUGCUGCUGUGUCAGGCACCCCUGUGUCCAGUCCAUCACCAGCCGUGAGGAAAAGGGGACUCAGAAAAUUUGGACAUUCAGUGAGAAGUGUCAAUGCAACCUCGUUGCUGAUGGGAAUAAUCAAUUCGACUGUCAUCGAUGACGGGGACGGUGACAGUUACGAGUGAGGGCUGGAGUGGAUAUCAAGAGCAGAGAGUACACAAUAUUGAUAUGGAUUUUAAGAAAGCAUGAUAGACUUAUUGGAUAUAUAGAUUGAAUGAUG